ACAUCCAAAGACCUGGCGUAUAUGUAGCCGUGACCCAGCUGUAGCAGGCUCACAGCUGUGAAAGGCAUCCACGCAGGACUCCUUUUAUUGCGAAUUCCUACAGCAGAGCUCGUCACAUUGCAGCUAAAGGUCGAAAAGAAAAAAAAAACAACAUUCACUACUGAAAAGUGACCCAAGUUUGGCCGAUCUCUUCCCGUAGUGUGACUAGUGUACUCACAAGAGUUCAUUCCCCUGUAUGUCAGUCUCCAUUCUAAAAUCAACUUGUUUUCAACCCAAUCCGUUGGUAAAUACUGCAUUUUAAUGAGCUUUUUCAUUUGACUGUUGGAGGAUUGAAAACUAAAAAACCUUGUCGUUGAUCCAGAUUGCAAAAAAAAUUGUUAUUUUCACUUGUGGAGAGUUCUAUCUCUUGUUUUUGCUGUGAUAAAGGACUUCAUAGACUGCCAGAUAUUUGUUGAAUUUGUAGAAUUUUAUUUCGCCGAAUUGACUUCGUUUAACAAGUUCAUUAUUGAGUUGGAUUUAAACAUUUGAUUAAAAAGACGUGACUUCCCCUGACCUUGACAAUGACUUCUCAGUCCACGCUAGAGAAACGUACGGUCAUCACCACGUCCAGCAGCACCUCCAGCAUCGGUGGCGGAGGCAGCGUCAACAGUGAAGGAGGGGAUGACUUCUAUUACAAAUCCUCCAUCCACCCCAGAAGCUCCAAUGUGGGACACACUAGCCUGUCCAGUGUAAUUGGAGGCGGGGGUCAUGGAGGGGGCAGCUACAAGAGGACAGUGGAAAUAACUUCAGAUGGUCUCUUUCCAGGCAUGCUGCCAGUUGGCUUCGGGAACGUCUCGCACACUGGCGUCACCACCGUGAAGAGUUCCAGGGAGAGGGAGAAGAAAGACAUGCAGCAACUGAACGAAAGGUUCGCCAACUACAUCGAGAAGGUUCGAUUCUUAGAGGCUCAGAACCGAAAACUGAUCAGUGAGCUGGAACAGCUUAAGAGUAACUGGGGCAAAGAGACGAGUGCCAUCAAGAAGAUGUAUGAAACAGAACUGGAGGAAGCCAGGAGAGUGAUUGAAGAAACGAAUAAAGAGAAGAAUAAAAUUGAAGUCAAACUCCAAAGUUUACAAGAUCAACUUCAUGAUAUGCAGAAGUCACUCGACGAGGCUAAGAAAUGGCGCGCCCAGGACAGGGAAACUAUCAAUAAGCUGAACCAGCAAGUGUCGGAGCUAGAGGGGGAGAUCCGUAUGCUGAGGAGGACCAAUGAUUCCCUAGACACCGAGAGACAAAGAGAUAAGGCCACCAUUGCCAGACUCCAGGAGGAACUUGAGAAACUUAGAAUAGACUUAAGCAAUGAGACCAUUGCCAGAUUGGAUGCUGAGAACAAGUACCAGACCCUGUUGGAGGAGAUGGAGUUCUUGAAGAGUGUCCAUGAACAGGAACUCAAAGAAUUAUCAGCCCUGGCCUACAGGGACACAACUGCAGAGAACCGUGAGUUCUGGAAGAAUGAACUGUCUCAAGCCAUCAGAGAUAUACAGCAAGAGUAUGACCUGAAGGUUGACCAGAUCAGAGGCGAGAUGGAGACAUUCUAUAACUUGAAGGUGCAAGAAUUCCGUACAGGAGCCACCAAGCAGAACAUGGAGGCAACUCAUGCUAGAGAAGAGACCAAGAAGUUGCACAAACAACUGGGUGACUCACGCACCAGACUAGCUGACCUUGAGGCCAGGAAUGCUCAACUAGAGAAGCAGUACCAAGACCUUCUGAGGGAACUUGAGCAGAAGGAACAUGAGCAUGACAUUGAGUUGAACUCUCUGAAGGAUGAGAUGAACAAACUCAGAACAGAGAUGGAAGGCAUGUUGGUAGAGCUGCAGACACUAAUGGAUGCCAAGCUGUCCCUAGAGUUGGAGAUUGCAGCCUACAGAAAACUAUUGGAGGGGGAAGAGACAAGGAUCCCUCUUCGCAACUCCUAUCGACACUCUUACUCUCCUUACCAACCCACUUCUGCCAAAUAUGAUACAAACGGGUUGCCAUACAGCGCAACUGAUUCCUCUAGGUACAGCUACGUUAGUCCCAGAUUGAAAGAGUCUCCUCUUGCGCGCGACACUACGGACAGGACUUCCGGCAUCACCGAAGGAAGAUCAAGUCCCACAACUAAAACAGCUGCCAUACCAAGCGUAGUUUUAAGUACAGCAGCUAAUUCACCUGUUAAAAAGCAUGAACAAAUAGACGAAUCGAUGUCCUCCACAACAGUAGCUGGUCGAAAAAGUCCACAGCUUGAAAAAGGUGUGAAGGAAAAUUUAGACACAAAAGUAGAAGUUGACGAGAGAGUUGAACAAACAGAAACUACGCAGGGAUCCAAUCAAUCACAGCCUGAUGCAGACAUAACAGAAGAUGAAAACGUAGAGGAUUUAAAUACGGCUAACGACAAAACGACCAUUCAACUUUCAGAACAAGAUAAUGACCAGCUAGAACAUGUUCAGGAUGAAAUAAUUGCUAAAGAUUCAGAUCAAGAGGAGAUUGAAGAAACCCAAACUGAACAGCUGGCAACAGAACUAGUGCAUGAUGCAAGUGAUGUACGGAAACCCAUUGAAUCAGAUUCCAAAUUAAGUGAAGUUACAGACGAUUUGGAAAGUGAUAAAGAAGACGUUAUAAAUACUUCAGAAAAAGAUACAAGUAUAAAAAGUGAUGUCAACGAAGAAGUAGGAACUGGUCAGUCAGAGCUGGAAGAAGUAGGAACUGGUCAGUCAGAGCCGGAAGAAGUAGGAACUGGUAAGUCAGAGCUGGAAGAAGUAGGAACUGGUCAGUCAGAGCCAGAAAAAGUAGGAACUGGUCAGUCAGAGCCAGAAGAAGUAGGAACUGGUCAGUCAGAGCCAGAGGAUGUAGCUCAAACUGAAGACGUGAAACAAGAGCAGAUUUCUUUGGUAGAAGAAUUACAAACAGAUCAACACUACGGAGGAGAGUCACAAAUGUCUGAAGUGAUCGAAGUACAAAUGUUUGAACAAAGUACUGAUGCUGUCUACGAAGAAACAAAAACUAAAAUUUUUAUUGAUUCUAACCAACAAGAAUUAAAGGACGAUGGUAGAAAACCCAACACAACUCUAGAAACUGAAGAAUUACAGGGUGAGGAAGUAGAAGACGACGAUCAAUAUAGAGACAUAAAAUCAGAUCAACCAAUGGAGGAAUUAUCAACAUCAGCUAGAGCAGAUGAUCAACAGAUAGACGAAUCAGAAAACAUUCACUUAGAUACACAUACUGAAGAGAUGCAAACUUCUGAUGUUUAUGAAGAAAAACAAACACCUGAGCAGUUAAAAGAUUUAAAAACUAACAAUCAGUCUGAGGAAGAAAAAAAGUCUACGCCAUCUGAAGAACCACAACCACAAAUAUUAGAACAUCUAGAAGAACUAGAAACAUCUGCUAAUUCUAAAGAACUACAGACAUCAGUACAUUCUGAAGAAUUACAGGCCUCCACACAACUGGAAGAACUACAGACAUCAUUACAUUCUGAAGAGCUACAAUCUUCAGUACAUCCUGAAGAACUACAAGCCUCCGCACAGCUGGAAGAACUACAGACAUCAUUACAUUCUGAAGAGCUACAAUCUUCAGUACAUCCUGAAGAACUACAAGCCUCCGCACAGCUGGAAGAAUUGCAAACGUCAGUACAUUCUAAAGAGCUACAAGAAUCAGUACACCUGGAAGAAUUGCAGACAUCCGUACAUUCUGAAGAACUACAAGCCUCCGCACAGCUGGAAGAAUUGCAGACAUCAGUACAUUCUGAAGAGUUACAAGCAUCUGCACAUCUGGAAGAGCUACAAACAUCAGCACAUUCUGAAGAGCUGCAGACAUUAGUACAUUCUGAAGAGUUACAAGCAUCAGCACAUCUGGAAGAGCUACAAACAUCAGCACAUUCUGAAGAGCUGCAGACAUUAGUACAUUCUGAAGAGCGAGAGACGUCAGUACAUUCUGAAGAGCUGCAGACAUCAGUACAUUCUGAAGAGCUACAAGCCUCAGCACAGCUGGAAGAGCUGCAGACAUCAGUACAUUCUGAAGAGCUGCAGACAUCAGUACAUUCUGAAGAGCUACAAGCCUCAGCACAGCUGAAAGAGCUACAAACAUCAGCACAUUCUGAAGAGCUUCAGACAUCCGUACAUUCUGAAGAGCUACAAGCCUCAGCACACCUGAAAGAGCUACAAACAUCAGCACAUUCUGAAGAGCUUCAGACAUCAGCAUAUUCUGAAGAGCCAGAUUCAUCAGCACAUUCUGAAGAGCCAGAGACAUCAGUACAUUCUGAAGAGCUGCAAGCUUCAGCACAGCUGGAAGAGCUAAAAACAACAGCACAUUCUGAAGAACUGGAGUCAUCAGUACAUUCUGAAGAACUACAGACAUCGGUACAUUCUGAAGAGCUAGAGACAUCAGUACAUUCUGCAGAACCAGAUACAUCAGUACACUCUGAAGAGCUAAAAGCUUCAGUACAACUGGAAGAGCUACAAACAUCAGCACAUUCUGAAGAGCUUCAGACAUCAGUACAUUCUGAAGAACUACAGUCAUCGGUACAUUCUGCAGAGCCAGAGACAUCAGUACAUUCUGAAGAGCUGCAGACAUCAGUACAUUCUGCAGAGUCAGAGACAUCUGUACACUCUGAAGAGCUACAAGCCUCGGGAUGGCUGGAAGAGCUACAAACAUCAGCACAAUCUGAAGAACUACAGACAUCAAUACACUCUGAUGAGCCAGAUUUAUCAGCACAUUCUGAAGAGCUGCAGACAUCAGUACAUUCUAAAGAACUACAAACAUUGACACAGUUGGAGGCAAUGCAUUCUGAUGAUUUACACCUAUCUGAACAGUCAGAAAAUUUAGCAACAUUAACAAACUUUGAAGAAACACAAAUACCAUCACUAAGUACAACCUUGCAAUCUUCAUCUCAUUUGAUAGAAAGUGAAAUUUCUGAAGACUUUCAAAGAACGCAACAGUUUAAAGAACUUGAAACAUUUGUAAGCGACAAACAAAAACUAUCAUCUACAGAAAUAGAAGAUGCACAAUCAGCACUGGAAAACAAAGAGAAUAAACAAAGAAAGGAGACUGACGAUGAACAAACACUAGGGCUUAAGGAAGAUGAAAUUAUAGCAGAAGAUAAGGAUAAAACAAUCUCGCAAGAUGAUGAUAAACUAAUUAAUGAAAAAAUAGGUCAUGAACAAUCAGUCAAACAUGGAGAUGAAGAAUAUGAAUUAAAAGCAGAAGACAAAAAUGAAAAAUUAGCAAAAUCAGAUGAGGAACAAAAAAUAGUCCCUGAAGAUGAUGACAUCUUUUCAGAAAUCAAAGAUGAUGACAUCUUUUCAGAAAUCAAAGAUGAUGACAUCUUUUCAGAAAUCAAAGAUGACAAAAUUGUAACAGAAAAAGAAGUUGAUGAACACAUAACAAAAGAUGAACUACCAUUACACCAGGAAGACACAUCUCUAAGUAGUGAAGGUGAAUUUCAAGUGGAUAAAGUUGCUUUGGAGCCUGUAGAUUUAGCACAUGAAAAACAAUUACCCAUACUUAAAGAUGAUGUGAAAUCAUCUGAAGAUGAACAUUUUGAAAAGAAUGAUAUGAACAAAAUACAUGAUGAUGGCGAAAAAAUUGUUGAAGACAAUGUUGAUGUGCAGUCUUUAGAGAGUAAAUCAGAUGACCAAAGUUUUGUGGGCUUAGAGAAUGAAUCCACAUUGGCAUCUGAAGAGACUGAACUUACGUCAGAACAUGAAGAUGAUCAACUUACAAUAAAACAUAAAGAGGAUGAUCAGACACAAGAACACCAUGAUGAUAAACUCCGAUUAGAACAUGAAGAAGCAGAAGAGACUCAACAGGAAGAGGAUAACACAACAAAAGAUCUAAAACAUGAACAACAGGAGACUUUAUGUAAAGAUGAAACAAUGCCAGAGUUUAUUGGCAGAGUUGAAACGCCAUUUCCCGAGGAAUCACUAGUAAGCAAUCAAAAGAAUGACAUUCCUCCAGACUCUGAACAAGACGAACUCCAUCUUGAAACAACUUCGUCUCAGCUAGUUGUCCAGAGCGUGGUAGAGUCAGCAGUAAAAUAUUCCAUUGAACAAAUCUCUACUGAAAGAUCUGCUGAACAUCAGCUGGAAAUAGAAACAGAUAAAGAGUUAUUGAUAUCUCCAACGAGUGAAGAAGAUGUAAUUAUUUCAAAGACUUUUACUCUAAGUGAAAGCAGCGCAAAGUUUCUUUCUGAGGAAACUAGCCAUGCCUUUGUAGGAAGUACUUAUGUUUCUGAGGAUACCGGACACUUUUCUGCUGAAGGAACUACUCAUGUUUCAGGUUCCUUGAUACUUGAUGCUGAUACUGUUGGUGCACAAAUCGGUUUUACUGAAAGUGUUCAGACAGAAGGAAUUCAGCAUAAAACUGAAAAAGAUGAACACAAAGAAAUUGUUACAGAUGCUGCAGAUUUAUCCAAUGAACAAAAGCAGAGUUUACAGGGUGUUGAUGGAGAUUGUUUAGUUGUUAAAACAAAGAGUGAUAGUUUUGAAGAUCAAACAGAGAAUGUUGAUGAAACCCAUGACUUAGAAUACAAUGCAGAAAAUGACGUUAGAAAUAUCUCACAAGAAACAUUGCAAACAGAAUUCUUAGAAGGUCAGGAAAACGAUAUUAACCCUCAGUCUACUUUGGGUUAUGCUCAAGAGAUUUCGGAACAGGAAGGAACGUCUCUGGUGUUAUCUAGUCCUGAUAAUAGUGCAGCUGAUCUGAUAGCCAAAACUGAUGAUUCCCAGGCCAUAGCAGUGGCCACACUAGACAAGGCUGGUGAGGAUACAGAUGAUGACCUACUGCAGGAUGAUGAUAAUGAAACAGAGGAACAAAAGAAGUAUGAUGAAGAAGAAGAUAUGCUCUUGACUGGUGCAGUUUCUGCCAAAUCUUUUCCAUGUGAUGAAGAACAAAUUAUAGGCUAUAACCAGACCACUGAACAAUUGCAUCCUAGAGAUUUUGUUGCAGAUGGUAAACUGUCAAAAGAAUCUGAAAUUGUGGCAGAUCUGAAGACUAAAGGAUUCAAUGGCCUUGAUCAAACUGUUACAGAAUCUUCAUUCGACUCAUCAAGUCAACAAUAUGCAGAGGAAUAUCAAGAAUUAAAUUAUGCUGAUGUUCAAAAAAGUCAUAACACAGUUGAAGAUUAUGGCACAAGUUCAGAUUCAGUAAAAAAUCAAAUUCAUGAUGUCCCAAUCAAAAGUUUUCCAGCACAAGAAAUGGAUCAAGUUUCUCAUGAUAUUGAAACUGCUCAGGACGACCAAGAGUUUGCUGUCCAGAACAUUUCUAAAUGAUCCAAACAAAUGUCAUUAGCUGAAAUGAAUUUUUUUAUGUCCAAAUAAUACAUUGUAGCAAUCUUUGGUUCAUCAUCAACAAAUUAUUGCUGUUGUAAUCGUUAACAAGAAUUCUCUGGUCAGUGAUGUUAUUUCACAAUGUUUUUACUGACAUCGAAAUUAGUGGUUCAAAAUGUUAAGCAAUUGACAGAAAGAAAUGUCGGCAAUAAUCCAAAGAAGGCAGAGGGAAUAAAGAAACCAGGAAUUAGACCAGACGUUCUUAUAAUGCAAGGACAGAAUAGAACAUAAAGAACAAGGCGAGGAUGUUGAGGAUUUUCUAAUAAUAAUAUCACGUCUGCUACUGGAGAGCCACAUGAUCACAAAACUCAUUUUGAUGUGUCUGUUCAAUUACUUUCAUUAUUUCUUUGACCUUUUUCUCCCGUCUUUCAUUUUGACUCUCAUGCCUAAUCUCAUUCUAGAGUCAGGCUUCAUUCAUCCUAGUGUUUUAGUGUUGUUAUUAGAAUCUUAUGUCUAAUUUUAAUUGACAACAACAUUAGUAAUUUUAUGGAACUUGGGAAAACAUCUGAAGAAUACAAUUAAAUUUUUAACCAAUAAAAGCACCAGAAAGGUUUUAUUCCAAAUUGUGGUAAUAGAUUUCAAAGAUAUUGUUUUUUAAUAUUCAUUUAAAUUUUUUCCAUAUUUUUAUUUAAAUGAAUGAGUGCAUUGUUCAUCAUUUA